AGGAGCGCCUGGAAGCGCCGAGGCGGGAAGUGUUGCGCAGGCGCGUUUGGCAGAGUCGCUAGGACGUGAGCUCUCGGAGACGGCGACCCAGGCAGCUGGGGAGCCACAGAAGUCGUAUUCCCUUAAACUCUGCCGGGCUCCCCCUGUGGACAUGACCCCUUAGCUGGCGUUUUGCACCCCAGUUGUUUUGUGAUGGAGGCGUCUUUGGGGAUUCAGGUGGACGAGCCUAUGGCUUUCUCUCCCCUGCGGGGCCGGUUACAGGUGGACGGCUCUUUAAAAAAAUGUGAGCAGAAUUUUAAACUACCAGGUGUUAAAAAAGAUAUUGAGAAGCUUUAUGAAGCUGUACCACAGCUCCGUAAUGUGUUUAAGAUAAAGGACAAAAUUGGAGAAGGCACUUUCAGCACUGUUUAUUUGGCCACAGCACAGUUACAAGUAGGACCUGAAGAGAAAAUUGCUCUAAAACACCUAAUUCCAACAAGUCAUCCUAUAAGAAUUGCAGCUGAACUUCAGUGCCUAACGGUGGCUGGGGGGCAAGACAAUGUCAUGGGAGUUAAAUGCUGCUUUAGGAAAAAUGAUCAUGUGGUUAUUGCUAUGCCAUAUCUGGAGCAUGAAUCCUUUUUGGAUAUCUUGAAUUCCCUUUCCUUUCAAGAAGUACGGGAAUAUAUGUUCAAUCUGUUCAAAGCUUUGAAACGCAUUCAUCAGUUUGGUAUUGUUCACCGUGAUGUUAAGCCCAGCAAUUUUUUAUAUAAUAGGCGCCUGAAAAAGUAUGCCUUGGUAGACUUUGGUUUGGCCCAAGGAACCCAUGAUACGAAAAUAGAACUUCUCAAAUUUGUCCAGUCUGAAGCUCAGCAGGAAAGUCGUUCAGAAAAUAAAGUCCAUGUAAUCACCGGAAACAAGAUUCCAUUAGGUGGCUCCGCAGCACCUAGGGAGCUGGAUCAGCAGCCCACCACAAGAACUUCUGUUAAAAGGCCCUACACACACGCGCAGGUUCAGCUUAAACAAGGAAAAGAUGGAAAGGAUGGCUCUGUAGGCCUUUCUGUCCAGCGCUCUGUUUUUGGAGAAAGAAAUUUCAAUAUACACAGCUCCAUUUCACAUGAGAGCCCUACAGUGAAACCUGUGAAGCAGUCAAAGGCUGUGGAUGUAUUCUACAGAAAGUUAGCAACAAAAAAGAAGGCUGUUUCUGCCAAAGUUAUGAAUAGUGGUGUGAUGAAGAAAACUACCAGUUCUUGCCCAAUUAGCCUGACCUGUGACUGUUAUGCAACAGAUAAAGUUUGCAGUAUUUGCCUUUCAAGGCGGCAACAGGUUGCCCCUAGGGCAGGUACACCAGGAUUCAGAGCGCCAGAGGUCUUGACAAAGUGCCCCAAUCAAACUACAGCUAUUGACAUGUGGUCUGCAGGUGUCAUAUUUAUUUCUUUGCUCAGUGGACGAUAUCCAUUUUAUAAAGCAAGUGAUGAUUUAACUGCUUUGGCUCAAAUUAUGACAAUUCGUGGAUCCAGAGAAACUAUCCAGGCUGCUAAAACUUUUGGCAAAUCAAUAUUGUGUAGCAAAGAAGUCCCAGCACAAGACUUGAGAAAACUCUGUGAGAAGCUCAGAGGCUCAGAGGCUAACAUUCCCAAAUUAACCAGUGAUAUACAAGGGCCUGCUUCUCAUGACCCAGCUUUUUCAGAGAAGACUGACCAGAAAGCUGCUCGCCUCAUACAAACACCUCAAGCACAGCACUCGGGGAACUUGUUGUGUAAAGGGAACAGGAGUGGCUGUUGGGGGUGUUUGGAUGCGCACACUGCCGAUCUAGAAGGCUGGGACGCGGUACCUGAUGAAGCUUAUGACCUGCUUGAUAGACUUCUGGAUCUAAACCCAGCUUCAAGGAUAACAGCAGAAGAAGCUUUGUUGCAUCCUUUUUUUAAAGAUCUGAGUUUAUGAUUACUUAGUUCUUCACUUACUGUUUGCUGUUGUGGAUUGUGAGGGCAGGGUGGGGCGGGGGGCGGGGUAAAGAGGUCUUUGUAGAGCCGUAAGUUCUUGAUUAGAGACCAGGGCAGGAUGAAUAAUUUAUUUAAAAAUUUUAGUAUUUCCUCUAUUGGAAGAUUCUAAAAUAAGGAUUAAGAUUCUUUAAGGUGCCUGGGGUACUUUUUUGGACAAACAGCAUGAUCUUUGAGUUGGAUCUACCCCCAGGAGAAUCAGUUUUUUAAUUUCUGUAAUUGUCAUUGACUUAUGCUGAAGGAGCAUAGUACUUGGCAGUUCAAGGUGCAAGUCUGAAAAUGGGUGGGUGUGAUAGGGAUUAAAUGGGCUUCUUCAUACUAUGAGCUAUGUGUCCUUUUGGAAAACUCAACCUGGUACUGGUGCUCUCUCCAUUCUGUAGAUUAAGACAAUUUCCUCCUCGAGGCAUAUAUUAUGCCUUUUAUGAACACUAAAAGAAAUAAUGAGAAAAUGUUUAAGGGAGAUAUCACUUAAAAUUGAAUUUAUCUGUUAAAAAAGUAUUCUGUGGAAGCAUUUAUUGUAUGAAUUGCCUUUUAAAAAAAAAAGUUUUCUCCCUUGAUUUUUAUGCCUUUUCUAUGCCCACCUUACACAUUCUUCUUGAAAAUUAUAUGGUGAUUUCCACAAAGUUUCUGGGUGCAUUGUUAAAUAUUGUAUAUGUUUACAGUUAGAAACUUAAAAUAAUGCAUAUACUGGUUGAUAAAUGGAAGCUACAGGUCCAAGCUACAGGACCAAGAUAAUCCAACAUGCUUUUCUUUUUUUAAAAAUUAAAUACUGUAGAAAAUAUUAGAUAUGUCCUCCUUUUUUUCCCAACUACCCCUUCUAGCCCGCACCCACCACCCGCCUCAGGCAAAAGUAUUUCUCUCAAUGUGUAUGCCCUUUUUUACCAUCUUAGGCAGGGGUCCUCAAACUACGGCCCGAGGGCCACAUUCAGCCCGCCGAAAGGCCUGCUGGGUGUUUUUGCCACCGCUGCCUGUUGCUUAGCAGCCGACUCAUCCAGGGCCCGCAGUGCGCAUGUGUGGAAUGUGUGCCGCACUCUCCCAAUCCCCUCCUUCUCUCUGUCUCUGGACUCCUCUCAGUCUCGGGUGUGAUCGGAGGAGUCAUGAGCUUACCUGUGCAGAGCCUGCUGCUGCCUGAGGACCGAGUUAAGAACAAGUUAGGAUUUUUUUUUUUUUUGAAGUUAGGAGGGCUAUUUUUUUUUUUAUUUUGCAGUUAGUAGGGCCUUUUUUUUUUGAAGUUAGGAGAGCCUUUAAGUUUUGUUUUUUUACUUCAAAAUAAGAUGUGCAGUGUGCAUAGGAAUUUGUUCAUAGUUUUUUUUUAAACUAUAGUCCGGCCCUCCAACGGUCUGAGGGACAGUGAACUGGCCCCCUGUUUAAAAAAUUUGAGGACCCCUGAUCUUAGGUAUAAUUAGAUAGGUGCUAAAAGGAAGAGUGAACACAGAGACUAUUAUGGAGAUUUUUUAUCUGCCUAGAUCCGUCCCAAUCUCUAUAUCCUGUUUUAACUAAAUUGGUCCUGCUCAGAGAAGGUUGAUUACUGAUUCUUGACGGAUGGGAAGAGAGAUAAUGAAGUAGGCAAAGCAAAAAAGGACCAAAGAGAGGUUUAUGUAUUACUACAUUCUAAACUGAUAUCUAUCAAUGACAGUAUAUCAAACUUUCUAUGGGAAAUAAGUCAGGAUGCAGAUGUGUUAAGAAGUUUCCCAUCAUUAGAAGUCAUAGAGUAUAGAACCAGCUUAGGGACAUACGACAUUCAUUUUAUUUUGAACAUUGAAGUUAGUAGUACAUCUACCUACUCUAUUUGGCAAGUAUAGUGUGUAUAUAAACCAUUAUCAUUGAUCCGCUCUGUCUUAUGCUGUAAUCUUUAAAAAAAAACUUGGUUUUUUUUGGUAUGUUUAAUAAAGUUAUCCUUUCAUAAA